GCUAAGAGCAGGAGCUCUAUGGUUUGUUGAGGUGGGGGGAGGAGAGAAGUGAUGUCAUUGGUUUGGAGCUGCUGCAGGAGAGAGUGGAAAGCUGCUGCUGAUGGCAUUGUUUUUGUGGCAGCAGCUGAAUGACAGACUUUCACUACAAAGAUACACCCUCGUCGUCUGUGUAGCCUUGGUUCCGGCGUUUCACCAUGCCAGCGCAGCGCCAUGAGUCCUGGAUGCAUGCUGCUAUUUGUGUUUGGCUUCGUUGGCGGGGCGGUGGUCAUUAAUUCAGCUAUCUUAGUAUCUCUCUCUGUUUUGCUGCUUGUGCACUUUUCUAUUUCUACUGGUGUGCCAGCUCUGACGCAGAAUCUACCAAGGAUACUCAGAAAAGAGCGUCCUAUAUCACUGGGCAUCUUCCCCUUACCUCCAGGAGAUGCACUGCUUACACCUGAGACUCGGAAAGAAGCUGGAGAAACACCGGGGUCAGAUCACUGGAAAUUCCAUGAGCUGAGCCAGCCACGCUCCAACACCAGUCUAAAGGAUGAACUUUCUGAUGUUAGUCAAGCGGGCUCAAAAUCUACUACCCCAGCAUCAACAACUGCUUCAGAUGUGCCUAUGUUAUCUGCUGAAACUCCCCUGAAAGAGGACAAUGAAGGGCUUGCAAAGAGUGCAGAUACACUGAACAAGAAAUCAGAUGUAAGCAAGCACAUUGAGGUGCAAGUAGCUCAAGAAACAAGAACAGUGUCCAUCGGUGCUAAUGAAAAUGAAGAUAAAUCUGAUGUUCAGGCAAUCAUUGAGUCCACUCCAGAGCUGGAUAUGGAUAAAGAUCUCAGUGGAUAUAAAGGUUCAAGCACUCCUACCAAAGGUAUAGAGAACAAAGCAUUUGAUCGUAAUACAGACUCUCUCUUUGAAGAGCUGUCUUCUGCUGGCUCUGGCCUAAUUGGAGAUGUGGAUGAAGGAGCUGAUUUACUGGGGGAAUAUUCUGACCGUAAUUUCUUUGGAAUGGGCCGUGAAGUUGAACAUCUUAUUCUGGAGAACACCCAGCUAUUGGAGACCAGAAAUGCGCUGAAUGUGGUAAAGAAUGAUUUGAUAGCCAAAGUGGAUGAACUGACCUGUGAGAAGGAUGUACUGCAAGGUGAACUAGAAGCUGUAAAACUAGCGAAGCAGAAGCUUGAAGAGAAGAACAAGGAAUUAGAAGAAGAGCUUAGACGAGCUCGGGCAGAAGCAGAGGAAGCAAGACAAAAAGCAAAAGAGGAUGAUGAUAGUGAUGUUCCUACUGCUCAGAGGAAACGUUUUACCCGUGUUGAAAUGGCCCGUGUCUUGAUGGAAAGAAAUCAAUAUAAAGAGAGAUUGAUGGAGCUUCAGGAAGCUGUACGAUGGACUGAAAUGAUAAGAGCAUCAAGAGAAAAUCCAGCCAUGCAAGAAAAGAAGAGAUCAAGCAUUUGGCAGUUUUUCAGCAGGCUCUUCAGUUCAUCAAGCAAUACUGCUAAGAAACCAGAACCACCUGUUAAUCUUAAGUAUAAUGCUCCGACUUCACACAUUACUCCAUCAGUCAAGAAAAGAAGCAGCACCUUAUCUCAACUACCUAGUGACAAAUCUAAAGCCUUUGACUUCCUCAGUGAAGAAUCUGAAGCCAAUUUAGCCUCACGCAGAGAACAGAAACGAGAACAAUACCGCCAAGUGAAAGCACAUGUUCAGAAGGAAGAUGGCAGAGUGCAGGCUUUUGGCUGGAGUCUGCCGCAGAAGUACAAACAGGUAGCAAAUGGUGGUCAGGGUGAUAACAAGAUGAAGAAUUUGCCUGUGCCAGUCUAUCUGAGACCCUUAGAUGAAAAGGAUACAUCUAUGAAGCUAUGGUGUGCUGUAGGAGUGAACUUAUCUGGAGGGAAGACAAGAGAUGGAGGCUCUGUGGUUGGUGCCAGUGUAUUCUACAAUGAUGUAGCUGGUUCAGAUGCAGACGGGAACAAGCACCAUACAGGAUCUCAGAGUAGCUUAGAUAGACUAGACCAGGAGCUCAAGGAGCAGCAGAAGCAGUUGAGACAUCAGGAAGAACUCUCCAGUUUAGUUUGGAUCUGUACUAGCACACACUCCGCCACAAAAGUGAUCAUCGUUGAUGCUAACCAACCAGGAAACAUACUAGACAAUUUUAUUGUUUGCAAUUCUCACGUUCUUUGUAUUGCUAGCAUUCCAGGGGCUACAGAAACUGAUUAUCCUGUAGGAGAGGAAGGGUCACAAGAAACAGACUCCAGUCAGGUGGACAGGACCUCUUUGUGUGGAAGUAUGACCAGCAACAGCUCAACAGAAACCGAUAGCCUAUUAGGAGGAAUCACAGUGGUUGGUUGUACAGCAGAGGGUAUCACAGGAUCUCUCAUGAUGCACAAUGCUAAUGGUGUCUCAUCUGUGGCAGAAAAACAGCCAGAGACUGCAGCUGAAAAUAAUGUGGUAGAUGAAAACGUUCCGACAGCAGAGGAAGCAACAGAGGCAACAGAAGUCACUGCUGGGUCAGGAGAAGAUGUAGCUGAUCCAGCUCAAACUGGAGUAUAUACAGAGCAUGUCUUCACAGAUCCUUUGGGGGUGCAGAAUACAGCAGAGGGUUCUCCAGCAUACCAGCAAAGUGAAUCAGACUUGUAUAAAGAUGCGGCAGAAUUGCCAAAUGAGCAAGAUCUAGUGAGAGAAGAAGCACAAAAAAUGAGCAGCCUUUUACCUACAAUGUGGCUUGGAGCACAGAAUGGAUGCUUGUAUGUUCAUUCUUCAGUGGCCCAGUGGAGGAAAUGUGUUCAUGCUAUUAAACUAAAAGACUCUAUUCUCAGUAUUGUACACGUAAAAGGAAUAGUUUUAGUUGCACUAGCUGAUGGAACAUUAGCAAUAUUUCACAGAGGAGUUGAUGGUCAGUGGGACCUGACAAACUAUCACCUCUUAGAUCUGGGCCGACCUCAUCACUCCAUUCGAUGCAUGACUGUUGUACAUGAUAAAGUCUGGUGUGGCUACAGGAACAAAAUCUAUGUUGUUCAACCAAAGGCCAUGAAAAUAGAGAAAUCGUUUGAUGCUCACCCAAGGAAAGAGAGCCAAGUGAGACAGCUGGCUUGGGUGGGUGACGGAGUGUGGGUCUCUAUUCGUUUGGAUUCCACACUCCGACUCUAUCACGCACACACGUAUCAGCAUCUUCAAGAUGUGGACAUUGAACCCUAUGUAAGCAAAAUGCUAGGUACUGGAAAACUUGGGUUCUCAUUUGUGAGAAUCACAGCUCUUAUGGUGUCUUGUAAUCGUUUGUGGGUGGGGACAGGAAAUGGUGUAAUCAUCUCCAUUCCAUUAACUGAAACUGUAAUCCUCCACCAGGGACGUUUACUGGGGCUGAGGGCUAAUAAAACAGCAGCAGGCUCUGGAAACCGUCCUGGGAGUGUUAUACGUGUAUAUGGGGAUGAAAACAGUGAUAAAGUGACUCCUGGAACAUUCAUACCAUAUUGUUCAAUGGCACAUGCACAGCUUUGUUUCCAUGGACACCGCGAUGCUGUUAAAUUCUUUGUUGCAGUGCCGGGUCAAGUUGUUUGUCCACGCAGCAGUAGUGGAGCAGAACUAUCAGGCGAUAAACCUGCCCAAGAAUUCUUCAGCCAAACUCUCUUAAAAUCUAUGUUGGUGAUAAGUGGAGGAGAGGGAUAUAUAGACUUCAGGAUGGGUGAUGAAGGGGGGGAAUCUGAGCUCCUUGGAGAAGCUCUUCAACUUGAACCUUCUGUAGCCAAAGCGGAAAGGAGUCAUCUGAUAGUGUGGCAAGUAAUGUACGGCAAUGAGUGAGCCUACCAAGGCUUCUGCAUGUUUUUUAUUUUUGCGGAAACAUCUGUUUCACUACAUGAUGUUGAAGCAUUUUUUUGCUGUUUAACUUUAUAUCGCAAAUCUGUCAGACUUUAACAAUACAGGAAUUAGCUUGUGCUGUUUUACUGCACCAGUGUUACAUAAGUAAGAUCAGUAUAAUGAAGAAAUCAAAGUAUUUUCCUUUUUCAAAACUGGUGACCACUGUGGUAAGCAGUCCAGAUGGCUCACAGUACCACAACAGUCUUGUGUAGUUCACUUCUUUUGCUAGUAUCACUUUUUAUCACUGAGCUAAACUUCAUUACAACUGAGAUUAAUUUAUCGAUAUGACAUAGAGUGAAACAGCAAAGUUAUUCCCAGUGUAUUAUAUAACAUUGACCAACUAAUAUCAGAUGAAUUGUCAAAAUUAAUGUAAACUUUCAAUGAGGGCUAAGUGAAUUGUAAAUUUUUAUUUUGUAACAUGACAAAUUUUGUUUAUAUAGUGUAUACAGUUUUGUUUGUGGUUUUUCAUCAAAACUUUUGGCGGAAGAGGGAAUUGUAUAGCAGAACGUAAAGCAACAAUAGUUAAAUAAAAUGUCAUGUUUGCUGAAGAGAACUCUAAAGAUCUACUGCCCUCGAUAAUUAACAGUCUGGAGAAUGAUUAUUUUCUUGUCAAUUGUCAACAUUUGAGUAAUUUUCCAAAGGACACUUAGUCAUUGGGAUGAUUAUUAAACUGAAAAGUUGUAAAAUCUUGGAGCAGGGGAUAUAUUUUUCUUCAUUACUUAAAUUUAUGUAUCUUAGAGAGAUCUUAUCUUCUCUGCCUCGCUAAUCAAACUCAUGAGUAACUGUUAUGGAGGCCGGAAACCUCAAACAGAGAAAGAGAACUGAUUGACAAAAAAAGAAAAAGCGUUCUUCCCAAGUGAAAUUGCAAAGAACUUCAGCUUUAUAAUUAUGCAAGAAACACAUUGUUGGCUCCAUACCCCUGGUUAGUUUAUGAAAUCCUAUGUUUAUUUAGAGAGAAGAAAAACAUUAAGUAACAUUAAAAUGAGUUAACUGACAGAAGCCAGGAGAGUCGAAUGUCAAGGUGAACAUUCAACCUACUCACCAUAUAUUUUUUUAACCACAAUAGUGUGGGUUCAGGAUUGAAUAUUUUCCUUUUGCUUUGAAUUUCCUGGGCUGAAAUCAAAACUGAGAUGAAUACUUCCUAUGUAGUUUUUCUGUAACAUGUAUAACACUUAACCAGUAUGUUCUUGAAUUGAGUCUCUGAAAAAAUAGAUUUUUUUUUUAAAUCUAAAUAUUCAUGACGUGCCCCCAAAAGACUGGGACUGUCUGAGCAAUCUGUUUAAGUGACUAAAUGGAACAGUUUCAAAGGAAUAAAUAUAAACUUUUUUAAAAACUGCCUAAACAUUUUUAUGCAAUAGGGAGCAGUUCUGGUCUAUCAGGCAAACGUGUUUAUAUAUUUUUCUUAAUUUUUUAAAACACAUUUAGCUGAAGUCUAUUGUGUAAAUAUAUAUUUAGGCAGCUUUUUUCAAAUGCAUAUCAUAUCUGAUAAACCAGAAAACCUCCAUUCAGGUCUAUUGGUUAGAUUUAUAUGUAUAAAUACUUUUUAAACAGCAUAUUUUGUACACAACUGUUCCGCUCUCGUAAAUAUGUAUUUAGGUCAUAAGCUAUGUAGUAAAAAUCCUUAUUAAAAAUGCCUAAUAUCUUGGUAUUGUAUUUUCUCUUCAAAAUGCCAAAGGUGAUGCGUGUUGUUCACAAAUCACUUUCCAAAUUUUCAUCUUCAAAAUCACUCUUGAAUUGCUAUGGCUUAAAUAUGAAAUCUGGGAACUAAAAAAGUGCAUGAAAUUAUCAGAUUGUCUUAAACAUUGUUAUAAUAAAAAAACUAUUUAAAAUAUAGAAAUUUAGAUUUGUAUGCUGAACUUCAAGCACAUUUGAGUUAUAUCUCAUGAAAUUGGUGUCUGAGAAAAAUGCUGACUAACUGCAAACAUCACUACGUUGCUCCUCCUGCCAUCUUUCCUUUUAAAUUUAACUUACUGGCUAUUGGGAAAAUGUUCAAGUUUUGUGUGUCAGUGGAUUUUCACAUUCACAUAUUCUCAGAAAAAACGCACAAUUUUGUUCCUUAGAUCUUAGAUAGCAUUUUAUUUGUAAUUAAUUAAUUGUUUCUCUGAACUGCUUCACUGAUGUCAAAUAGAGCAGAUGUGUCUGGCAAGUGCAUACCUAGUCUUUUUUGCCAAAUGUGUCUGGUACACUGUGCCAGUUUAACUUCAGUGGACCAGCUCUUGCAAAUGACUGCAGAGACAGAAGUGUUUCUGUCCAGCAGUGGAGGAGUUUUAAAGAAAACACUAGCUGGCAUUACAGUACAACUAUGGGUGUAGGAGGAGGAGAGGGUUGCACAUUACUCUGCAUUAUUCAUUUAAAAAUGUAUCCCCUGCCCUAAGGAACAGUAGAUUAAGGGGGUACUUAGUCUCAUAACGAAGCACUGGGAUUUAGAAAUUCCACAUCACUUUGAAAGAUGAACAAAGCACGUAAAACCCCAUGUAUCAAGAUGACAAAUGCCUAAAAAUCUAAAUCUCAAGAAUGUGUUUAUGCGUCACAGACUUGUGGUUUAAACGUCCUAUAAAUAGGAAUAAAUUUCUUGAUAGCUACAACUUGUUAAUAGUUUGAAAACAUUUCGAGCACAAAAUUAUGCAGCACAUUACUUGUCUGGAUAAGUGUGUUUGCAUGGUCAAGGUAAAAUGACUUAUAAGCUGCUGUAUUGUUCAUUUCUUGUAAAAGGUCUUCCUGCAUUGGAUCAGAUAGAGCUGGCAGAGUGUAGACACUUUAUCAUAGGCUGCCUUAGUAACAAACAAAUGUUAAAUCUGUUUUAUUAUACUAACUGUUCUAAAGAACGUAUGUCUUUAAAAUGGUGUGUAACUGAAUAUUUAUUUCCAUGUGAGUAUUAUAAAAGUUACCAAAGGAUUAAACCUGAUUUAGCACUCUUGUAAGUGACCCUGUUGAGCUGGGGUCUUGUAAGUGACCCUUGUCUGUAAAAUGAGACAGUUGGAAAAAAAAUACAGCUCUAUGCGGAAGUUAAAUAUUUUUUCUAACAGGGUUAUGCCAUAUUGUAACAACAUAUGUUGCACCUCAGAGCAUUUUUCUAUACACUAAGUAUCUGUCCAAUCCUCUAACAAAUUAAGUUUCCUUUAUUAAUUUUGUUGCACAUUUCUCAACCUUUUAAAUCUAUUUUAAACAUUUUAUGGCCUGUAAUUUUUUGACAGUUUUGUCUGUUAGACACUUUAUGCUGAAUUUUACUUGCCUCUGUAACCUGAGAUGGAUACUACAGCGUUAAACUUGCUGUCUGUUAAAACUUGAGGCUUUUCUUUGAGCAAGAAAGCUCAUCUAGCAGUGUAGUUAUUUCAGUAUUUAUUUCUAUUGAAUCCUUGGGGUUCAGAAUGUAACUUUGUACAUGAAAUAUAUAUAAAUAUGUAUAUGAAACAUG